AUGUUCUAUUCGGAGACCCUUCUAUCUAAGACGGGCCCGCUGGCCCGCGUGUGGCUGUCGGCCAACAUCGAGCGCAAACUGUCCAAGUCGCACAUCCUCCAAUCUGACAUUGAAAGCAGUGUCAAUGCAAUUGUCGAUCAGGGCCAAGCGCCCAUGGCUUUGCGACUGAGUGGACAGCUGUUGCUUGGUGUUGUGCGUAUCUACAGCCGUAAAGCUCGCUAUCUUUUGGAUGAUUGCAAUGAAGCCUUAAUGAAGAUCAAAAUGGCCUUCCGCCUCACAAAUAACAACGACUUGACAUCUACAGUGGUGGCGCCUGGUGGUAUCACUCUGCCCGAUGUGCUGACCGAAUCCGACCUGUUUACAAACUUGGAUACAUCUCUGCUAUUCCCCCAAAACUUGGAACUGGAGCCCGCAGGAAAACAGCCUGGUGGAAUGGAUUUCGGUAGCCAGCUCCUAGGAGAUAGCAGUUUCCGUCGAUCUAUGUCUCAGGAACCCCUCCGUCUGGAAGACCCUUCGUUGGUUGAUCUCGAUAUUGGUGAACCUUUUGGAGAUGAUACUACUAUGGAAAUUGGUCGAGAUGCUCCUGCUCCUCGACCUAUGGAAGAAGAUUUGCACAGUGACUCCGGAAAGCUCAUUGAUAAUGAUGACUUGGCUCUCGAUAUCGGCGACGAUGGUGCUCCGUUGGAUAACAUGGAUAUUGACGAUGACCACCACAUGAAUGAUCUAAUUGAUGACGCUCCAAUGGACUUUGGAGGCGAAGACGAUUUCGGGGGUCAAACCCCGCGCGCAAAUGACGACCGAUUCAACCGUGAUACCGAAAGCCCUCUUUCCGAUGCCGGAUCCGUUCAAAUGCAUCAACUUGAAGAGGAAUACAACCGGGAUAUCUCUGCCACACCCAAAGCUGCUGCUGCCCAGCACGCUCAGCGUGCCAAGCGCGCGAAGCUCGAGGAGCGCAUCCCCGCAGACAAAGAAGCGAAAUUCUCUAACAGUCAGGUCAAGCAACAGCAAGCUGAUCGCUCUGCUAUUAUCAAGCCCGCAACUUUCCUGCCUCGUGACCCCGUUCUUCUCACCCUGAUGACCCGCCAACAGAAUGGUGACUUUGUUUCCAGCAUCUUUGGCGAGGAUCGCGGCCGCGGAUGGGCUCCUGAGCUGCGCUCGCUGUUGUCUCUAGACUCUGUGAAGAAGGCUGGCGAGCUGAAGAGAAAGCGUGACAGUGGUAUCUCUGACAUGGAUGUGGAAGCUGCUGGUUUCCCUCAAUUGGAACUCGGCGAUGACGAAGCUAUUGUUGCCCUCGAUGAGGGUAUUGGUCUUGACACUUCUCUCAACCAGCGGUCUGAAAUCGAUUUCCCCGGCGAUGAAACUCACGAUCUGAACCUCAGUGAAGAUGAUGGCAUGGAUGCACCUUUGGAUGAAAUGGACGACACCAUUCGUCCUAUGGACAACGAGCCUGUGUCCAUUGGCACCAAGCACGCCGUUCACAUUCUCCGCGAGCAGCUGGGUGACCCUGUUUCUUCUCAGAAGAAGAGUGUGGUCUUCCAGGAUCUCAUUCCCGAGCAGCGCUCCAGCAAGGCCGAUGCUACCAAGAUGUUCUUUGAGAUCUUGGUAUUGGCUACCAAGGAUGCCGUCAAGGUCGACCAGGCCUCCAAGUCAAUUGGCGGUCCUCUCAAGAUCCGUGGCAAGCAGGCACUCUGGGGCUCCUGGGCCGAGGAGAAUGCUGCUGGUGCUGCCAGCCAGCUGAGCCAGGUUCUGUAA